AUACAACAUCAACUUCCGAUCUGGAGUUUUCAAACAACACUAGCUGGACAGCUAGCCGUCUCAUUUGUUUUUUUGCUCAGGGAAUUACCCCUAUUUUUGCUGUCGAUACCGGACCAGCCUCUCAGCGAUGUCAGCGAGCUCCAAGAGGAGACGGGCUACCUCUCCGUCCAGCAGCAUCAGUGGAGGGGGAGACCUCGAUGACACCUCCUCCUCCACUCCUGGGAGUAUCAGAAAAAGAAGAAGAAUCUCAAAUGUCCCUCCUGUGGACACGAUUGCUGUAUGUCAUGAGCUGUUCAAUGCUGUCAAGGACUAUAAGGAUAAUCACGGGAGACCACUUUGUGAUGUUUUCCUCAGGGUACCAAAGAGGAGGAAUCAACCAGAAUAUUAUGAAGUGGUUUCCCAGCCGAUCGAUAUGACUAAAAUCCAGUACAAACUAAAGUCAGAAGAAUAUAAUGAUGUGGAGCAACUUACUGCAGAUUUUCAGCUCAUGUUCAACAAUGCAAGAUCAUUCUACAAGGAAGACAGUGAGGAGUAUCAAGCAGCUUGCAAGCUCUGGGAAGUUUAUUUGCAAACGAGGAAUGAGUUUGUGCAACCGGGAGAUGGUGAUGAGGAUGAUGAAGAUGGUGAUGAGAUGAUGGAUAAUCAAGGAAUAUCUGCCGAAGAUGAGACCUCAUCGGGCAGAUUGAAGGAAAUAUUCGAGCAACUGUUGGAGGCUAUUGUGUCACACGCUGAUCCCUCAGGGCGACUAGUCAGUGAACAGUUCCAGAAACUGCCUUCCAAAGUGCAUUACCCAGACUACUAUGCCAUCAUAAAGGAGCCAAUAGAUCUGAGAGCAAUUUCUCAGCGAAUACAGACUGGAUUCUAUAAAAAUGUCAAUGCUAUGGCCAAGGACAUUGACCUGAUGGCCAAAAAUGCCAAAACAUAUAAUGAACCAGGAUCUCAGAUUUUCAAGGAUGCUAACAUGAUAAAGAAAGUCUUCAUCCAGCGUAAAACUGAACUUGAACAUGCCGAGCCCACAAAGUCUAGUCUUCGCAUCAGAAAUCGUAGAUCUGGGCAGGGGGAUCGACUUUCUGGUGUUAGUGUUGCUCUUCAGUACGGCUCAGAGAGUGAGGAUGACCCAGUGCUAUCAGGCUCUGUGUGUUAUGAUGAGGGAGAGUCUGAGGCUGAAAGUCAAAGUUCAAGUAUGGAGAUGAGCAACCCAAUCUUCCAGCUGUAUGAAGCUGUCAGGGGUGCGAGGAAUAACCAGGGUCAGGUGUUCUCUGAACCUUUUCAGCAGCUGCCCUCUCGCAGAGAAUAUCCUGACUACUAUCAGCAGAUAAAACAGCCCAUCUGCCUGCAGCACAUCAGGGCCAAGAUGAAGAAUGGCGAGUAUGAGAAUGUAGAACAGAUUGAAGCGGACCUCAGUUUGAUGUUUGAGAAUGCAAAGCGCUACAAUAUGCCCACCUCUAGCAUUUACAAACGGGCCUUCAGACUUCAGCAGAUCUUGCAGGCCAAAAAGAGAGAACUUCUGAGGAAAGAUGAUGAAGAUGGAGACAGCAUCCUGUCUUCUGAUGCAGGGAGCACUAAGAAAAAAAGCCACAAGAAAAAUGUCAAAAAGAACCGAAUGAAAGCCUUGUACGCUGCAGUGAUUGAUGCCAAGGAGACAGGGACCAGUCGACGCCUCUGUGAUCUUUUUAUGGUUAAACCAUCCAAGAAGGACUACCCGGAUUACUACAAGGUCAUCCUUGAACCGAUGGACCUGAAAACCAUUGAGCACAGCGUUCGCAAUGAACGCUACGCCACAGAGGAAGCUCUGAUGGAAGACAUGAAGUUAAUGUUCCGUAAUGCUCGGCAUUACAAUGAGGAGGGAUCUCAGGUAUACAAUGAUGCAGAAGUUUUGGAGAAGGUACUGAAAGACAAGCGCAAGGAGAUGGGGCCGUUCCCUGGAGAAGAUGAUGUGGGAUCUCCAAAACUGAAAAUACGAAAGAGUGGCGUUUCUCCAAAAAAGUCAAAAUACCUCACCCCUCUACAGCAGAAGUUAAAUGAGCUCUAUGAGGCUGUGAGAAACUUCACUGACCGCAGAGGUCGCCGUUUGAGCACAAUCUUCCUCCGUCUGCCCUCUCGUGCCGAGUUGCCUGACUACUAUGCUACAAUCAAGAAACCCAUCGAUAUGGAACGUGUGCGAAGCCAUAUGGCAGGAGGUCGCUACCAAGAUGUUGAUGCUUUGGUGGAGGACUUUGCACUCAUGUUCAACAACGCGUGCAUCUACAAUGAGCCUGAGUCUCUGAUUUAUCGAGAUGCUCUGGUGUUGCAUCGAGUGCUGUUGGAAACGCGAAAGCAGCAGGAAGGAGGGGAGGAUUCUGGAGCUCCUGCUGUGGGACCUCUGGUGCGAGAGCUGAUAAGGAACCUGUUUGUUUCCGUAAUGGGCCACCAGGAUGAAGAGGGCCGGUGCUAUAGUGACUCACUAGCGGAAAUUCCUGCCAUAGAUUCAGCUGCUCCUGAAAAGCCGCCACUUAAUUUUGAUAUCAUCAGGGUGAAUGUGGAGCGUGGCCGUUACAGAAGACUGGAUGUCUUCCAAGAACACAUGUUUGAAGUGCUGGAGAAGGCGAGGAGAUUACACAGGACAGACUCGGAGGUAUUUGAGGAUGCAGUGGAACUGCAGCAGUUUUUCAUUAAGAUCAGGGAUGAGCUGUGUAAGAAUGGAGAGAUUUUUGUCUCCACUGCAGUCAACUACACAGCAAAACACCUGCAAAGUGAUGUGGAUCAGGAAAAAAGAGAGAAAAUUCCCAAAGAGUUUGAGGAAGAUAAGCAAAAGAAAGAAGAGGAGGAAAACAAAGACGGAAAGGCAGAGGACCAGCCAGGGGAGAAAUGGAAGUCAGACUCGCAACGUGUGUACAUUCAGGAAUGCUCCUUUGAAAACAGUACCUACCAUGUGGGAGACUUUGUCUACGUGGAGCCAUCAGAACCAAACCUGAAGCCUCAUAUUGUCUGUAUUGAACAACUGUGGUCAAAUGAAACUGGCGAGCAUUGGCUUUAUGGAUGCUGGUUCUAUAGACCAAGUGAAACCUUUCACUUGGCCACACGCAAGUUUCUAGAAAAAGAGGUCUUCAAGAGCGACUACUACAACCAAGUAUCCAUCAGUAAAGUUCUGGGCAAAUGUGUUGUCAUUUUUGUAAAGGAUUAUUUUAAAAUGCAACCCGAGGGCUUCCAACCUGAGGAUGUCUACGUGUGUGAAUCCCGCUAUGCGGCCAGGAACAAGUCAUUCAAGAAGAUCAAGAUUUGGGCAAUGCCAGACAGUUCUGUGAAAUUAUCACCCCGAGAGACGCCUCUUCCUGUUGUCCGUGUCGCCUCCAUGUUUGCUAAGCCUGACCUGGAAAAAUUAGCUAUGUCAUAUGCAGCCAGUGGCAGUUUUGAGGACAAGGAGAAAGAGGACGUCCCAAUGGAGAUGAGUGGAGCAGAGCCAGGCUACCAGUACUAUGAACAGUUGUGCUACAACAACGUGUGGUUUAAACUGGGUGACUGUGUUUACAUCCAGUCACAUGGUCUAUCAAAACCCCGGGUUGCCAGAAUCGAAAAACUUUGGUUACAAAAUGGAACUACCUGCUUCUUUGGACCCAUAUUCAUUCAUCCAGAGGAAACGGAGCAUGAACCCACAAAGAUGUUUUAUAAAAGAGAAGUUUUUCUGAGUCAUCUGGAGGAGACCUUGCCAUUGACUUGUGUCAUAGGCAGAUGCAUGGUGUCCUCUUUUAAGGACUUCUUGUCAUGCAGACCUACAGAAUAUGUAGAGGAUGAAAUUCUCCUGUGUGAGAGCCGCUAUAUCGACACUGAGAAGCAGAUGAAAAAAUUCAAGGGUCUGAAACGUUUCUCAUAUUCUUCCAAAGUGGUGGAGGAUGAGGUCUUUUAUUUCAGGAAAGUGAUAGUACCACAGAAGGAAGCGUCACCCUUUUUGAACAAAAAGAUAGACGAGCUUGAGGUUAAACUGGCAGACAUAGAAGAUGCAGAUGAUGAUAUGGAAGACAUGGAAGAUGAUGAAGAGGCUCCUGCAACCCCUUCUUUGCCUCAGAUGCAAACUCCACUUACAAGCGAUAUGGAUACUAUGCCAUACACACCAUCUCAAGCUACUCCUAAGGUGAAAGGCUUAUCCAAGAAAGAAGGAGCCAAGAGGAAGAUAAACAUGAGUGGCUAUAUCUUGUUCAGCAGUGAAAUGCGAGCUGUCAUCAAAGCUCGACACCCUGAUUUUUCUUUUGGGGAGCUGAGUCGACUAGUAGGUACUGAGUGGAGGAACCUGGAAGCUUCCAGGAAAGCAGACUAUGAAGAACGUGCAGCUAAAAUAGUGGAACAGCAAGACCGGGACAGGCCAAGCCAGAAGCAAGGCUCCCCUAGAGCAGGUACCCCUGUAGGGGCACUGAUGGGGGUGGUGCCUUCGCCUAGCACUAUGGGAAUGAUAAACCAGACCAUGACACCUGUGUCAGGCAUGAUGGGACACUACGGCCCACCUUACAUGCCCAUGCAGGGCCCCCAUGAGGGUUUGCUGAGUGUGGCUCCUAUGCCACCUCACCCUGCAGGGGGUCCUCAUCUGCAUCCUCAUCAUCUUCAUCAUGGUAUGCCUGGGUACCCUGGCAUGCCUCAUCAGGGUAUGAUGGGUGCUGGAAUGAAUGGGAUGGCAGGAAGUCCAGGACAAGGAAACUUUAUGCAACAGCCUGGGAUGUUCAGUCCAGGCCAGCAUGCGCCUCCACCGUACCCAGGGCAGGGCCAGCCGUCUCAUUUGCAGCCCACCUCCCCCAUGUUUGUGGGACCGCCACCAAAGACGCAGAGGGUGCUUCACUCAGAGGCCUACCUGAAGUACAUUGAGGGAUUAAAUUCAGAGUCUGCAACUGUCAGCAAGUGGGACCAGACGCUCAAAGCUCAAAGGCCAGACGCUCACCUGACCAAAGAGCAAGAGAGUCGGCUUCCGGUUCACUGGCUGAAGAGCAAGGGAGCCCACACCACCAUGGUGGACGCACUGUGGCGUUUGCGUGACUUGAUGCUGCGAGACUCUCUGAAUAUGUGUCAAGCCUACGACCUGUGACCUGUUGGACAGAACCACUCACCUCAGUAACUGCUCCUAUCCUCAAGCUGUGGAGUAAAAAAAAUAAUAGACCAUGGAAGCAAUAUUUUAUAGUGAACAUGAUCCAUUUUCUAUUUAUUAGCUUGCAUAAUCGGCUUGAUAGAUAUUAAUUAGUGCAUUUUUAAUAAUAAUUUUUUUUACAGCAUUUUAAGUAAUAUGUUUGCAAAACUUGUAAUUCUUUUGGCUAAUUGAUACAACUGAAAUAAAACAAAAUGCAUUGUUUA